AUGGAAAGUUUAGGCAAGUAUGUUGGAGUUUUUGUUGUUAUGUUUGUGUUGGUGAUAGGAACUUCUGAGUGCCGGAAAUUUAAGAAAGAAGAGUUUGUUGAGAAUUUUGGUGGAGGUGGUGGUUUGGGUGGUGGAGGUGGAGGUGGUUUAGGUGGUGGUGGUGCAGGGAAAGGUUUUGGUGGAGGUUUUGGAGGUGGGAGUGGUGGAAGUGGUGGAGGAUUUGGAGGAGGUGGUGGAGGUGGAAGUGGUGGUGGUAUAGGAGGAGGAAGUGGAGGUGGUUAUGGUGGAGGUCUUGGAGGUGGUAGCGGUGGUGGUUUAGGUGGAGGUGGAGGUGGAGGUUUUGGAGGUGGAUCUGGCGGAGGUAUUGGAGAUGGAGUAGGUGGAGGUAGUGGUGGAGGCUUUGGAGGUGGUGCUGGUAGUGGUGGUGGUGGAGCUGGUGGAGGUUUUGGAGGUGGUGCUGGAAGUGGUGGUGGAGCUGGUGGAGGCUUUGGAGGUGGUGCUGGAAGCGGUGGUGGUGCUGGUGGAGGCUUUGGAGGUGGUGCCGGAAGUGGUGGUGAUGGUGCUGGUGGAGGCUUUGGUGGCGGUGCAGGUGGCGGUGCAGGCGGUGGUUUUUGA